GUAGAUAGUGAAAAAACUGCUUUCUAACGUGUGCUCUCAUAACUUGUGUUAUUUUAAUAGUCAAUAUGAAACUCAUAUCAAACCUUUUUACAUUUUCCAUAUCUUUCUUAUGGAGUGUCAAGUGUGCCUCAUCUGUGUUAUGUUAUGACUGCAAUAGUGCCUUCGAUCCUCGCUGUGGAGAGGGCUUCGAUCAUUUUAGCCUAGGCGUUGUGAAUUGUUCCCUGAAAGAUCCGUUGGAUCACAUAGCGCCUGUCGAGUCCACGUUUUGCAGGAUUAUCAAAAUGGAAAUAUUUGGAAAGCUUCGAGUUGUCCGCAAAUGUGGUUACUUGAAAGACGAGUUCAAAAUGAAUGGCUGCAAGAAACAAACGGGAACUGGAGAAUUGUUUGUAACAUACUGCUCUUGUAAUACAGAUUUGUGUAACAAUGCGCCACGAAGCCAAGAGAUGGCGUUGUUUUCAGCAGUUACCUUAUUCGGUAUUGUAAAUAUUAUUCGAAACUGUAUUUAAAUAUGUUUAGCAAAAAUUAUUUAUUCAAUUACUUAGUAAAUUCAAUGAUAAUAUAAGAAAUAAUUAAUUCGAACAACUGCCGAAUUGAGUAGAUAUUGUAGUAUAUAUAAAAUAGCUAU